AAAUAAAAUGUUUACAAAAACAAGUUUCUGUGGCUGCCAGUUUUUCAAUUCGAUUCAAUCUCAAUCGAAUUUUGAACUUUCACGUGACUGCCAAUUCAAUCUUUCCUUGUUUUGGUUUUGGGCAUCAGCUUUAACUCCAUUCGUGACUAGCAAGCAAUCAUGGAUUUGUAUCAUCCGAACUGCAUAAACUCACUUUCUCUAUCGGCCAACAAGCGCAGAAAUGUAACUUCAAAAUCUUUAAUUCGUUUCUCGGCCACCUCACGGACAGGCAGGAGGUUCUCGAUUAAAAACUUGGCGGCUUCAGCGUCGAGUGACGCUUCGGUUAACGGCGUAGCAUCAACGUCACGGAGUUUGUCUGAGAAGAAGGCUUUGCAAGUAUCACCGUCUAGUAGUGCCAUGGAACAAUUAGACAUCGAGCGCGGCGUCUGCGUGCCGUUCCGAAAGUACACGCCUGAGACAGUGAGGAAUAAGGUGUUGGAAUCUAGAGGGGCUAUAGCGUCAUUAAUGUUACGCGGAGUAGAGAUAGUGUGGAAUUUGGGACUUUACUGGUCUGCUUUGAUGUAUGAUUGCUUGGUUGGGAGGGAUGAAGAAGUAGUUGCUGAUCGUGCUCGCCAACUCCGAAAUCUCUUGUGUAAUUUGGGGCCUUCUUUUAUCAAAGCUGGCCAGGUGCUUGCAAACAGGCCUGAUAUUAUCAGAGAAGAUUACAUGAAUGAACUCUGCAUUCUUCAAGAUGAUGUCCCUCCUUUCCCUAAUCAGGUUGCUUUUAGCAUUAUAGAGGAGGAAUUGGGCCAACCCCUGGAAUCUAUCUUCAGCAAAAUUUCUUCGCAGACAAUAGCAGCCGCAAGUCUAGGCCAAGUUUACAGAGCUACCCUACGUGACACGGGGGAGGAUGUUGCAAUUAAGGUGCAGAGGCCUCAGAUUGAGCCUAUUAUCUAUCGGGACCUUUUUCUAUUCAGAACUCUUGCUUCAUUUUUGAAUGGAAUUAGUCUACAGAAACUUGGUUGCAAUGCUGAGCUAAUAGUUGAUGAAUUUGGUGAAAAGCUUUUGGAGGAGCUUGAUUAUACUUUGGAAGCUCGAAAUAUCGAAGACUUUCUGGAGAAUUUUAAAGAUGAUCCCACUGUCAAAAUCCCUCGGGUUUACAAGCAGCUUUCUGGUUCACGUGUUUUAGUGAUGGAAUGGAUAGAUGGUAUUCGGUGCACUGAUCCACAGGCUAUUAAGAGCGCUGGUAUUGAUGUAGAUGGAUUUCUGACACUUGGAGUAAGUGCUGCUUUAAGGCAGCUGCUAGAAUUUGGAUUAUUUCAUGGAGAUCCACAUCCUGGUAAUAUCUUUGCUAUGCGUGAUGGACGCAUUGCUUAUGUGGAUUUCGGGAAUGUUGCUGAGCUCAGUCAACAAAAUAAACAGAUUUUAAUCGAUGCUGUUGUCCAUGCUGUUAAUGAGGACUAUGCAGAAAUGGCAAAUGAUUUUACUAGGCUAGGCUUCCUGGCCAAAGGGACUGAUGUCUCUCCUAUUAUUCCAGCAUUAGAAGCCAUUUGGCAAAACUCAGCUGGAAAAGGACUCUCUGAUUUUAAUUUCCGAAGCGUUACAGGACAGUUUAACAAGUUGGUUUACAAUUACCCUAUCCGUAUCCCAGAGAGGUUUUCUCUUGUUAUCCGUUCUUUGCUGACUCAAGAGGGCAUCUGUUUUACAUUGAAGCCAGAUUUUAAAUUUCUUGAGGUUGCUUAUCCAUAUGUGGCAAAGCGCCUGCUGACAGACCCAAAUCCAGCUCUUCGUGAACGUCUCAUACAGGUUCUUUUCAAAGAUGGAGUUUUCCAAUGGAAACGGCUUGAAAACCUUAUUGUCCUUGCAAAGGAAAACGUGGCGAAGAUGAGCAGUAAUCCUGCAUUGCAAGUAAAAAGCAUGCAAAAUUCAAAGAACUUGCAAUUUAAGAGAAAGCUGGACUUGACUGAUACCAUUAAGGACGGAACUCGCCUUUUCUUCACUGAUGAAGGAAUCCGUCGACAGCUUCUUCUUGCACUAACCGAAGAUUCAAAGCUUCACAUACAGGAGCUUGUGGAUGUAUAUAGACUAGUUGAAAAUGACAUAGAUAUGCCUUCAGUGGCUAUGGAAGUCGUACAAGACUUUCCCACUGUUCUCCGGGAUCUUGCUCUUUCAUGGAGUGACUCAAUCCUAUCAGACAGAUGAUUCAAGUUCUGGAAAUAGCUGCACAUUUCUCUCUUGAUUAGAAGAAUAGGGUUUGAAACAUUCUCAACUAUCUCAGAAAUCUUUGUUUGUUUGUAUAAAAUAUGUACUUUAUAACUUAUAUCAUGUUUAGAGAAACUUGAGAUUAAGCAGUAGGAUAUGUCUUGUAUUAGCUUGGUAAAAAGAUAAAAUUUUGGAAAUUUUUUUACCA